AUUACUUUGCACAUUUAGGUGGUCACCGUGGCACUAACUUCCCAAUUUAUUCACUCUCCUUCACUCUCUACUAUCAGCACUUCUAAUGGCUUCCGACGCUGCCAAGCAACGUCGGCUAACUUCUACGGCGCCGCCACGAACCCUAGACGUCCGAAAAUACGCCGAUUCUCGAGCCGCCGAGCUAGAUUCCCUUCACUCAAUCGUCUCAAAUCGGCUCAACAACGACUUCCGUUCUCGGCGUAACAAGCGGCGCCGCACAACUGGGUUCGACUCCAAGAGGCGCCGCCGGAAGGCGUCUAUAGCCGGUGAGAAAGAGGAGAGAGAAAAUGAUAAAGAGGAAAAGAAGUUGUCACGUAGAAUUCGCCGGAGAAUUGAGUUGACGAAGAAUAAUCCAGAAUUAGGGUUUAGUGUUUCGGGUGAUGGGACAAAGAGGUUGAGAACUCAUGUUUGGCAUGCUAAGCGAUUUACGAUGGAGAAAAUUUGGGGAUUUUAUCUUCCCCUUGGAUUGCAUGGCAGUGGAAGAGGAUCGAGGGCUCUUCUAAAGUGGUAUAAACAAGGGGCUCUUGUACAUGACGCAAGCUACUACAAUGCUGUUGAGUUGGAGGGUCCAGAGGAUGCAUUGUCAUUGAUUCUAGGCAUGUUGCUGGUUCCUUCCUCGAUGGAUUGCUCUGAAGAUAUCUGCAAACGCUUACUUUCUGGAGAAAUAUAUGGACGUGCUAUGCUUCACCACGACAGACAGGAUGGUUAUAAAGCAAUAUGCCCUGUAACCUUUAUGUGGCGACCAGUCCGUCAGCACCUUAACGUUGGCACAGAGGAUCAAGGAAGUGAUGAGAUUGAAUCAAGCUCUCACCUGCGCCAGCUUUGGAUAUGGAUGCAUCCUUCUGCUUUUGGUGAAGGGCUUGAUAGUCUUAAACUUGCUUGUCAAAAGAUGAUGAAUGAGAAAGGUGUUUUGGUCAGUUGUGUGUCCCUUGACGGAAAACUAGGAACAUUAGAAGUCAUGGGAUCGGGAGCAUUGCAACUCCUUCAAAAGAUACUGCGUCCUAUUACUUUUUCGGUGGAGGAUUGCUUAAAGUCAAGGACUGGUUCAACCCCAGGGCAUAAGGAUGGAUGUGAAAUACAGCAGAAGGACAUCCUUGAAAAGGAAGAGUGCUUUUCUCCUGGGGCAGCUAUACUACUUACAGUUGUUGACCCACGUUCAGCAUGUCAAAAGGGUUCUGUGCCAGUUCCAGCUUUACCUUUAACCAAUGAUUUAAGGAGCUCAAUGGAAGAAAAAGGCAAAGACAAUUCUGCCGGAAAUCUGCUUAUGGAGGAAGAGGUACUUUCUACCUCGCAGUCAAAACAUGACAGCAAUAUCUCUUUAUCUAACUGCAAGGACUUGUGGGAUGCCAGUAUUGGGGUUCGUCCACCUGUGGAAGAGCACAUUCUUUGUUUGGAGAGGCAUCAAAAGUCUUUGGAUUUCUUUUGCAUAAAAGAUAUGUCUUCACCACAGUUUGUGUCUACUGAUGAGGGUCACUUCUCAAGUUUCUGUCCAGUCUUGCUAUUAAAAAACACUGAUGAGGCAGGCCUCUAUACUGGAUGGUCUAUUAUACUCCCUAUUAAUUGGGUUAAGGCUUUCUGGAUUCCUCUCAUUUCUGGUGGAGCUCAUGCCAUUGGUUUAAGAGAGAAGCAUUGGGUUGCUUGCGAUGUCGGAUUGCCUAAUUUUCCGUCAGAUUUUCCUGAUUGCAAUGCAAACUCAUGCUUAAUGGAAAGAGAAGUAGCAGCAGUUGACAAAACAAUGGAAAAUUGCUCUCCUGCCAUGAGACCUUUUGAAAUUCCCGUACAACUUCCUUGGAACAGCAAUUGGAUUGCUUGUAAUGGAGUUUCUGGAGAGGGUAGUGGAAUUGAUUAUUCUAGUAAUAUAUGCUGUAAUGGAGAUUAUUCCGUGGACCUAGAAGGCAAGCUCAGUGACAGACCACUUGUCAAUGACGGUGGAUCUUCUGAAGUACUUGUAGCGAGGACAUCUAAAAUGCUAACUUCUUUUUUGAAGGAAAUAUCUGGUGAUAAUUUGCUAUUGUUCCCCAAGGGGAUAGAUAGGCCGAGCUUUUCACAUUUAAUGAUGAAAGAAAUAAAAAUUAGCCCCUCACAUCUGGGCACUUUGAUGAGUGACCGAAGGAGAUUGUGUUACCUAAGAGUUGUCUUACAUGCUUUUAAGGAAGGUGUAUUUGAAGAGAGAGCAGUUGUUUGUGCACCUUGUUUUUCUGACAUAACAUUGUUAAACUCCAGGUUGGAGAACAAUGAGGACCUCCAAGUGCCUCAUGCUUUUGUUGGCUCGUACUUUAAAGUGCUACCAUCCGGUAAGUGGGAUUUUCAUUUACCCGAGGACCCUGCUGCUAGGGAGGCUUAUAGGCCACCGAUAGGCUUUGUCACCACUGGAUUUGUUCGAGGAAGCAAGAGACCAGCAGCAGUGGCUCUUUGUGAAGCCGUGUUACUUGCUCGUCUUAGACAUGAACAGUGGAGUCAAGUGCCUGCAAAGAAGAGGAGGAAGGAGAUAUUCGUAUUGGUUAGAAACUUGAGGUCUACGGCAUAUAGACUUGCUCUUGCUACCAUUGUAUUGGAAGGACAAGAAGAAGAUGUGAGGUCCCUAUGACAACUGACAAGGUGUUAGCCUACAUGCCUCAGUUUCUUUUGCAAGGAGUUCUAGGCCUUCAGCUUAAGAACUUUUCACGAUGCAAUAGUUAAACAAAUUACCACAAACUUGUAUUGCAUAUAUUACACUCUCUAUUUCUCUCACGAGGGUUGACAACCCUAAAAAAUACGCAUACAUUUUUCUAAUUUCAAGUGUGGAUGGGAAGACUUGCUGAAAGAACAGAGAGGAAAAGGCGACAGAUCGCAAAAUACAUACAGAAGUAGAGCUAGUCAGGUAGAAUGUUUAUGCAGGGUACUGUAUAUACCCGCACAUUUUUCUAAUUUCAAGUGUGGAUGGGAAAACUUGCUGAAAGAGCAGAGGGAAAAGGCGACCGAUCGCGAAAUACAUACAGAAGAGCUGGCCAGGUAGAAUGUUUAUGCAGGAUACUGUUACACAAUUCAGAUGGUAUGUGACAUCAAUCAGAAGUUUUUGAAGAUUAUAUUCCUCAGUUUAGGUAAAGUCCAUCUAAGAAGAAAUAUUUUGGCAUUUCAUGUAUACUCUUGUAAGAAGACAAAAUAGAGACAAAUUGUUUGCCUUUAGAUUUAGCAACCAUUGGAAUAUAAUUUACAGAAGUCUCCAAAAAUUUGAGGUGGCGUUCUUUUAAA